UCAAAAUUUAAAAAAUUUAGUGUAUUCUAAAAACCAUAGAAAUAACUUUUCAAGAUUCGACGAUAAAAUUUAAAUGUCUAGACGAGGAAGAGCCCCAAAAUAUAGUCAUAAAGGCAAAGCAAGAUGUUUUACUGCUCCAGAAGAAAUGCAACGUCAAUUACAGCAAGCCAGACAAAGAGAUGUAAGUCCAUCAGCAGAAGAAGAAGUUGAAAAAAUAAAAUUAUCUGAUGCUAGUUCAAGUGAGGAUGAAAAUAUUAAGGGUAAGGCUAAAGGGGUUCAAGGUCUUAUAGAAAUAGAAAAUUUAAACAGAGUACCCAUUAGAGCUACUAAAAAACCAGAAGAAUUGGAUCUCACAGCAAAAGUUCAAUUAUCACGAAAAGAAAGGGAAGUUAUUGAAAAACAAAAAGCUGCUGAAAGAUACGAACAACUCCACAUACAAGGUAAAACUGAAGAAGCUAGAAAAGAUUUGGAGAGAUUAGCCAUUAUACGCCAGAAAAGAGAAGAAAUAGCUUCAAAGAGAUUGGCUGAAAAACAAGAUUCUUCCAAAUCUACAACAGUAUCAUCUACAUUUAAGUAAAGUUUAUAAACACAGAAAUAUUGUAAUAUCUUAAAUGGAUCAACUUAGUACAUUUGCCAAUUCCAUAUGAUAAAUUUUUUACAUUUUAUUAUAUAUGAUCUAUAAAUACUAUUUUUAUUACAAUAUAAUUGACUCUGUAA